AAUCAUCUCUCUCUCGCUUCCCCCAUUUGUUUAUUCAAAAAUCUUCGCUAAGCAUGUCGUCGCUUUCCGAUCCGGCUGCUGGCCCUCACCAACCCCACCACUUCGAUCUGCAGUCUGCCAGCGAGGUCCCUGACUCCUAUGCAUGGCCGACCUUACAUGGCCAGCCAUCUGCGUCGGAGCCCAUGCCGGUCAUCGAUCUUGCCGACCGCGAUGCUGCCGGGUCGAUAGGCCGUGCAUGCAUGUCGUGGGGCGCAUUUCAGGUCACAGGACACCGCAUCGCUCCACGCCUUCUGGAUGCUAUCGAGGCCGAGACACGCCGCCUCUUCUUGCUCCCAAUCCAGCAGAAACUAAAGGCAGCAAGCUCUCCUGAUGACAGAUCUGGUUAUGGCCCCAUCCCUCUUUCUGCCUUUUGCGACAAGCUCAUGUGGUCGGAGGGCUUCACCAUCUCGGGGUCCCCGGUGGACCACGCUCGCAAGCUCUGGCCCCAUGACCAUGACAAAUUCUGUGAUGCAAUAGAAGAAUACAAGAAGGAGAUGAAGGCUCUCUCCGGGUGGCUGAUCGGACUGAUCCUUCUCUCACUGGGCCUAAAGUUUGAGGACGUCGCUUGGGCUGCUCCAGUUGGAAAUUUGCCGCCGGACUUGACCGGCACGCUACGAUUGAACUCAUAUCCGCCGUGCCCGGAGCCGGACAAGGCCAUGGGCAUGUUAGCCCACACCGACUCAAGCCUGUUGACGAUCCUGUACCAGAGCGGCACCACCGGGCUCCAGGUGCUGCGGGACGAGGACCAGAGUAGUCCGGCCCGGUGGGUGACGGUGCCGCUGCUGCCGGAGUCUCUGAUCGUGCUUGUGGGAGAUUUGCUCCACAUACUAUCCAAUGGCCAGCUCAAGACCGCCCUCCACCGGGUGGUCGUCGACCGGAUCCAGCACCGUGUGUCGGUGGCGUAUUUCUUCGGGCCUCCGGGUAACGUGAAGGUGUCGCCCAUUGAAAAAUUGGUGGGCCCCGGGCGGGCCCCUGCGUAUCGGGGUGUUACGUGGGCGGAGUACUUGGGCAUCAGGAUGAAGCUCUUUGACAAGGCGCUGGCAUCGCUGAAGGAGCAAGAGGAAUCAAAGGAGGUCUGUGAUGAAUAAUGAUCAGCUGUCUCAGGGAAACGAUCUUAUCCGUUUUGAAUAAUAAGAAUGUAAGUUUGGACGCGAUGACGUCGCUACUGGUGGAUUUUUCUUCUUUCAUUUUGUUCGUUUCUAUAUAUGGUUGUUGCCACUCCGGGUUGCAAAGCAAAUGGCGAAGCUCCAGGGAA